CUUCUUCUUGCUUUUAAUUACGCUGCAACUCUUUCAAUAGACCUCAGUGCUCCCUGGCAUGUUGUGGCACAAUGUGGUACUACACUGAGUAUGUGCACCUUCAAUUCGGACUUGUCUCUAUACUGUAAAACCCCAUUCAAAAUGGUCACUUCAAAAUAUACCGUGUCUGUACAUACCGGUUCAUUGUAAAAUAUUGAAGUUUUGUCAUCAAACAAGACAUUUUCUGUGUUUUUAUUUUCACUUUUCCAGGUGUGUGCAGCAUCUGGGGUGAGUCUCACUUCAUGACCUUUGAUGGCAAGUCUUACAGCUUCCACGGGAACUGCUCUUACUACCUGGUCAAGGAGAUCAUAGCAAAGCACGAGCCGACCGUGGUGAUCAACAACCACGACUGCAACCUUCCGGACAGCAGUUUUUGUCCUCAGGCUCUCAACAUCACUUACAAAUCCUACCGAGUGCUGCUAACGCAGAGGAAGACUUCGGGACUUGUCAGCAAUGUGGCGUUCGUGAACCAGAAACAGAUUUUUUCUGACUGGAGUAACUCAGUUCUGCGUCUGACCGGGAGGGAGCUGAUGAUCAUACUGGAGAUCCCGGAAAUCCAGAGCCAGGUGCGCUACAGGGGCUCGUCCUUCAGCAUCCACCUGCCAAACUCCCUGUUUGGCGGAAACAAAGAGGCACAGUGUGGUGAGUGACAAUCAGGCUUCGCGCUUCGUUGGGAAUCAUUCACUCAUUCCC